AUGAUAAUUGUUCCAGCUUGGAAGCAGACCUCCAAUAUUCCGAAAAGUAUGCAGACCUACUAUGUCCACCUGGACAUUGUAGGUCCGCUGCCCCCGUCAUCCAGCAAUCGCUAUCUACUGACCGCCGUGGACCGUUACACUCGAUGGCCAGAGGCUUUCCCCAUGCCAGACAUAUCAGCCGAAACUGUCACCGCCAGCUUCUUGUCUAUGUGGAUAUUGCGUUUUCGCGUGCCCUCCCCAAUAACAACUGACCGGGGGCGGCAGUUCGAAAGCCGGCUCUUCACUGCUUUCGCUACCCUCCUUGACACCACCAGGCUGCGCACCACAUCCUAUCAUCCGGCUUCUAAUGGCAUGGUGGAACGUUUACAUCGCCACCUCAAAUCCGCGCUCAUCGCCCGCGGAGAGAGAGAUCACUGGGUCUCCCAUCUCCCCCUCGUGCUCUUGGGUAUUCGUGCCGCCCUUAAGCCGGAGCUCGGAUGCAGUUGCGCUGAACUCGUCUACGGCUGUUCGCUCCGCCUCCCCGCAGAGUUCUUGUGCCCGUCGAAACCCGACAUCUCGUCUUCGGCCCUCCUCCAGCGCCUUCAUCGCUCUUUCAGCAUUGUGCGAGCAACCCCGUCGAGGGCUCCAUCCCACCAUAUCCCCAACAUUCCUCAAGACCUGCCUAUGGCAACUCAUGUGUUCCUGCGGACAGACUUGGUGCGCAAGUCCCUCUCUCCGCCUUACUGUGGAAAGGAACCUGUCCUCGCCGGAUACCUGUCCUCGCAGAGGAUACCGUGUCAGUCGACCGGCUGA